ACCAUUCCCACCACCGCCACCGCCACUCACUGAUAUUGUCAUGUAAUUUAGAGUUAGUUUAGAGUUAGCUCCCUUUACUCUUCCUUUAUCACACAACUUGUUUUCUUCGUCUUAUUAAUGAUCUCAACGGAAUAACAUUCAUCCAACGAUAAACAGUUAUGCAUCAGAAAUAUUCUCAGUUGUUUUAGCUGUGGCUCACAUUCCAUCAUGUUGUGCAGAAGUCUCCUUUCUGCUGUCCAAAAUUUAAAGAACUGUACUUUAAGUAAAUCUUUAAUUUCCAAUGGCAGAAGUGUUCCUUGUCUUUCAAAGACCCCUGCUACUGGUCAUCGUCACUUUGUAACUUCCAGAUCAAGAGAGAGAAAUAGAAUCCUGGUGAAAAAAAGUUUCUGGAGACAGAGGUCUGUUGUUGGAACAGCUGUUGGAAUUGUGGCUUCAUCAGUUUAUUAUUUGUCGCUUGAUGAACCAGACAGACGGAAAAUUAGGGUGUCAUUAGGUGCCUUUCAACGCCUCCUCAGAUCUAUUUAUGUUGGGGCCCAAAUAUCUUUUCUAUAUACUUGGAGAUUGUAUGGCUUAGAUCCAGACAGUGAUGAAUACAGAGAAGCCAUGAAAUAUUGCCAUCAAAAAGGAGCAGAAUGUCUUAAAGAUGGUUGCUUGCAGAAUGGUGGCGUGUAUGUGAAACUUGGUCAAGGUCUGGUAUCGUUGAACCAUCUGUUACCCACUGAAUAUAUCACUAUAUUAAGUUCCCUUCAGGAUAAAGCAUUGCACAGAGGUGUUAAUGAGAUUGAGCAAUUAUUUAAAGAAGAUUUUAAUGCAAGUCCUUACACCAUGUUCAAAUAUUUUGAAAAGACACCUAUUGCAGCUGCCAGUUUGGCUCAAGUACACAAAGCCAUAACACACUCAGGGGAAGAAGUUGCAGUUAAGAUCCAAUAUAUUGAUCUUCACGAUCGAUUUUUUGGGGACAUUCUGACUUGUGAAAUCAUAUUAAAGUUGAUUGAAUGGAUUCAUCCAAAUUUUGGUUUUGGAUGGGUAUUACAGGAGUUGAAAUCUACUUUAGCUGAAGAACUUGACUUCAUAAAUGAAGCUCGGAAUGGUGAGAAAUGUGCUGAAGAUCUCAAACAUCUAAAGUAUGUGCAUGUACCAGUGAUUGAUUGGAGUUCAACCAGCAAGAGAGUUCUAACUACAGAGUUCAUUGAUGGAUGUAAGAUAACUGAUAUUGAAGGAAUACAGGAAAUGGGACUUUCACCAAAGGAUAUCAAUCGAAAGCUCAUUAACUGCUUCUCCGACCAGAUAUUCCGCAGUGGUUUUGUGCACGGGGAUCCUCAUCCAGGAAAUGUGUUUGUUCGGAAAGGGAAGAAAGGACAGGGAGAACUUGUAAUUCUGGAUCAUGGUCUCUAUAAUCAGUUAAAAGAGAAUGAACGCCUUGCACUUUGUGGGAUUUUCAAGGCCAUAGUGUUAAAGGAUGAAGCUGGCAUGCAAGAGUAUUCCAGACUUUUGGGAGUCUCAAAUCAUGCUGUAUUCUGUGAGAUUCUUGUUCAAAGGCCUGUUGUGAGAAAUUCCAUGCGCCUUCCAAGCAGGAUGACUCCAGAAGACAUAGAUAAAAUGAAAACAAAUGUUGUUCAUCAUUUUGAUGAGAUUAUGCAAGUCUUGAAAGAAAUGCCAUGUACCUUAAUCUUAGUCAUCAGAAACUUAAAUACUAUUCGUGCUAUUACAAGAAAUCUUGGUGACAAAGUUGACCGAUACACAAUAAUGGUCCAAAGGUCUGUGUCUGCAAUCUGUGAUACAACUGAACAUACUCUACUAACCAAGAUCAAAUCAACAUUUCAGCUCUUCAUGUUCGAAUUAUUUAUAAGCAUUGAAAACCUCAAACUUUGGUUUGCAUUCACAUAUCUUCGAUUCCUCUACUUUCUGGGAUUGCAUCCAGAAUAUCAGGAACUUACAGAACUUAUUAAUACUCAAAGAAAAAGAUAUGAAAACCUCUGAUUCUCCAACAAACAUCCAAGCCUCCGAUUCUUGGACACAUUCUAAAACUAAGGAUGUAUUUAGAGCAACUCAUUAAAUUUUGUGUAAAAAACGAAAAAAAAACAAA